AUUCACAAAAUACUCACUAAUAUGAUUAAUGUAUAAUUUCAUUUUAUUUAUUUUUAUAAUAUUUGGAGGUAAAUAUUCCUUCCCAUGGACGCUAAAACUUGCCCCUAAUUUAUCUUACACAAUUCACAAGAUCAGAUGGAAAGGGUUCAACUUGAACUCAGAACCUACAGAUUCCUUAGAAUACAAACCUAAUGAUGGUAAACAACUAGAAUAUGAUGAAGAAGGCUGGUUAAUGGACCUUAACACAAAGAACGUUGAGGACGUUCUUGACCUGAUUCGGCCUCAAUUAUCUUCUGAUGGAGGAGGAAUUAGCCUGUGUAAAAUAGUCGAUAACGAAGUUCACGUUAAAUUCACUGGAUCGUGUGUAGGAUGUCCUUACAGGUCGACAACCUUGAAGGAGCUUAUAGAAAACAAUUUAGUUAAAUUUAUCAAAUCACCAAAUGAAAAUCCAAUAACUGUAAAGCUUGUUCAAGAUAAUUAAUUCUUUACAAUAGAGGUA